AUGGGCCUGAUCUGGCUCCUGCUGCUCAGCCUGCUGGAGCCCGGCUGGCCCGCCGCGGGUCCCGGGGCGCGACUGCGGCGCGAUGCGGGCGGCCGCGGCGGCGUCUACGAGCACCUCGGCGGAGCGCCCCGGCGCCGCAAACUGUACUGCGCCACCAAGUACCACCUCCAGCUGCACCCGAGCGGCCGCGUCAACGGCAGCCUGGAGAACAGCGCCUACAGUAUCCUGGAGAUGACGGCGGUGGAGGUGGGCAUCGUGGCCAUCAAGGGGCUCUUCUCCGGGCGGUACCUGGCCAUGAACAAGAGGGGGCGGCUCUACGCCUCGGAGAGCUACAACGCCGAGUGUGAGUUCGUGGAGCGGAUCCACGAACUCGGCUACAACACGUACGCCUCGCGGCUCUACCGCACGGCGCCCGGCGGCCCCGGGGCGCAGCGCCAGCCUGGCGCCGAGAGACUGUGGUAUGUGUCCGUGAACGGCAAGGGCCGGCCCCGCAGGGGCUUCAAGACGCGCCGCACCCAGAAGUCCUCCUUGUUCCUGCCCCGCGUGCUGGACCACAAGGACCACGAGAUGGUGCGGCUGCUGCAGAGUGGGGCCGGGCUCCGCGGCGGGCGGCCCGGAUCCCCCGGCAAGGGUCCCCCCCGGCCCCGGCGGCAGCGACGGCGGCAGAGGAAGCAGAGCCGGCGAGGCGGCGCGUAG